CAGCAUGACGCCGCCUGUGGUGGCUCAUUACAUUAUCUGGCAGCCGGAGUGGCAGUGGACAGAAGAGAGGGGAUCCCCGGGAUUUUUACACCGAAUCCAGCGAGAUACUAACAUCAUACUACUGAAUAUCGCGGGGCACUCGACAGAGCCCCUCCUAGACACCAGUGAGAGCAGCCAUGUCAGAGGAGGCUGUGCGUCAGACCCGCAGCCAGAAGCGGGCUCUGGAGAGGGACCAUGCGGCUCUCACUGGGUCCACGGGGGACAUGGACAAUAAACGGGUCAAACUGGAGCAGGGUGACUCGGCAGAGAGCCCACCAGAGCUGGAGGCUGCCGCGGGUGACGGACUCAAACUGAAGAGUGAGCAGACGGACAGCAUUUUGAAAGCCGGGGAGGUGAAGGCAACCAUCAAAGUGGAGGUGCAGACCGGAGACGAGCCUGUCGACAUGAGCACGUCCAAGAGUGAUAUUAAAAAGGAGAAAAGGCCUCCAUCUCCAGACGAUGUCAUUGUGUUAUCAGACAAUGAGCCCUCCAGUCCCCUCAUGAAUGGCCACUGUUUCACAAAGACUGACACAGAUAAACUAAUGAAGAGCUCUCCAGAGGAAAGGGAGCGAAUCAUCAAGCAGUUGAAGGAGGAACUUAGACUCCAAGAGGCAAAGCUGGUGCUGCUGAAGAAACUCCGGCAGAGUCAGAUACAGAAGGAGAGCACUGUACAGAAGACGGGCUCAGUGGCCACUCCUCCACCUCUUGUGCGUGGUAGCAUUACAUCAAAUAAAGGAUCUCUGCAGGUGACGGGUCGUAGCUCGGGCACAGUGAUCCCUCCUCCUUUGGUGCGUGGUGGGCAGCACGUCCCGUCCAAAACCAACUCUCAAAUAGUCAUGCCGCCUCUGGUUAGAGGAGCCCAGCCCAUCACUGUGACUGCUCAGCAGAUGGCCAGUCUUCGACAGCAGCACAGUGGCUCAGGGCCGCCUCGCCUGCUCCCCGCUCCCAGGGCCUCAGUGCCCAAUGUCCAGGUGCAAGGCCAGAGGAUCAUUGAGCAGGGACUCAUGCGUGUGGCAAAUGUCGCCAACAGCAAUGUCAUGGCCUCAACAGGCUUAAAGGGCUCUUCGGUGUCCUCCAACUCUAGUCUGAAUGACUCCCCAGCAAGUCGACAGGCAGCCGCAAAACUUGCGCUUCGCAAACAGUUGGAAAAGACGCUGUUGGAGAUUCCGCCACCUAAACCACCUGCUCCUGAGUUUAAUUUCUUACCGUCAGCAGCCAAUAAUGAAUUCAUCUAUCUGUUAGGACUAGAAGAAGUCGUUCAGAAAUUACUAGAGAUGCAUGGUCGAGGGAAUUUAGGCUCUGCUCUUGCACUGGCCAAUUGCGUCCCCAAAGAGCCGUACGUCUGUGCCCAGUGCAAGACUGACUUCACUUCCCGCUGGAGGAAGGAGAAGAGCGGCACCGUCCUGUGUGACCAGUGCAUGUCGUCCAAUCAGAAGAAGGCUCUGAAGGCGGAGCACACGACUCGACUCAAGGCUGCGUUUGUCAAAGCUCUGCAGCAGGAGCAGGAGAUCGAACAGCGCAUCUUACAGCAGGCUGCCUCUUCCUCAUCCUCUGUUUCAUCCAUCUCCAAAACCAGCUCGUCUUCAUCACUGUCGAAGAGUGAUGUGUUGGUUUCACAGUACAAGCAGGUCCAGGCAGCAAUGCGCUCAGUGUCGGCCCACCACUCCAUUAAACAGAGUCAGAAGCAGCACGGCUUCUCAUCUGCGGUGAGCUCUCGCGGCGUGGCCCAUUACACCACCUCUCAACUCCAGAGUGCGGUGGCGGCCGCGGCGCUGGGCAGCAGGGCAGGUAAGCAUGCGGCUGCAGGACGCCCGCUGCAGCAGGGGGCAAAGGUCAGCGCCAGCAGCAGUAACCAGGGAAACGUGACUGGCUGGAGGAAGAGUACUGGCUCCACAGGAGUGACCAUGGCCUAUGUGAAUCCAAGUUUAUCGGCCCACAAAGCCUCUUCUGCUGUGGAGCGUCAGCGCGAGUACCUCCUGGACAUGAUCCCCUCCCGGUCCAUCUCACAAGCAGCCAACACAUGGAAAUAAUGCAACCCCCACUCUCCCCCAAACCACACCCCUCAUGUCAAUAACAGCCAAUGUCUUCAAUUGUGCAGUAGAUUUGGCCCAGAGAUGUGCACGGGCAAACCACUGCUCCUCAUGUUUCUUAAACUCUCUUCCCCUUCUGUUCUUAAUCCCAAUAUGGCUUUGACAACUGGAGCUUAUGGAAUCUAAGGAAGUAUGUCAAAUAGUACCUUGGGGUUGUGACAUGAAAUUGGACUGCCUCCUCUUUUGGUGUUGAGUGAUUGAACAAUCCUUGUACACCUAUAGGGGAGAGCUCUUCUCCUGAUGUUCACUGCCUCUGGAUAAGGCAGGAAAAUAAAGAAAAGAAAAUCACUAUUAUAUACAAUGAAUAAGGACGCCUUGCGUCCAACUCCUUCAGUCCCUGGUCAAUGGGCUGAAAUACUGAAGACCUCAACACCAGGGACUGUGGCUGAACUUUGAGCCCCAUCUACAAUAAUUCAGCUUUGCAAAGGUGAAUCCAGUGAAAAGACGUGUAAAAUCCGGGUGCACAUUGACUGUUGUCUCUAUGAGCCUCAGUGCACCGAGUAAAGACACUUUGGAUUAUUUUGUAUGGCUGAAUGUUAGGACUUUGUGUCUUCUGUAAGUCAAAUAGUGUUUGGAAUAUUGUGCUCCCUGAUACUUUGGAAGAGGAUUCUUGUCAAGGUCUGAAUUUCCAGGCUAAAUGUUACUGUUGAGGUGGUUUUACAUCUGAGGGUUCAAAGUAGUGGCCUACUUUUAAAUACUUUGUUUUUUCUAAGAUGAAGAUAAAUAAUUAAAUUGUGGUUUCACUGACUAAUGUAAAAAA